GUUACCCCAUCUGUUUGAUGCGAAAUAACAUGUGAAGUCGCGCUGAUGGGCCUGCCGCAUCAGGAGCGCAUAUAUAUCAUUCUCUUCGCCAACAAACUUCUCCCCUCUCAUCUCCUGACCUGAAACGAUGUCUAAGCAGCUCAAGUCAUUUACUGUCGAGGAGGUGGCGAAGCACGACAAGCCAGACGACCUUUGGAUCAUCAUCGAUUCCAAAGUUUUCGACCUCACCAAAUUUAUCAACCUCCACCCUGGCGGUAAAUCCGUCUUAAUAGACCCCUCAAUAGCGGGCAAAGACGCAACAGAUGCAUUCUUCUCCCUCCACCGACACGAAGUUCUCCUAACACCCCGUUACGCUCGUCUUCAAAUUGGCUUCAUCGAAGGUCAAUCUGAACAAAUACUUCCUCCCAGAACCGGGGAGAUUUCGAGAGUGCCGUAUGCUGAACCCACGUGGCUGAGUGAGGGGUUCAAGUCGCCUUACUAUAAAGAGAGUCACUGGAAGCUACAGAAGGUAAUCAGGGAGUUUGUUGAUGGAGUUUUGAAAGAGGAGGCACUGGUGAAUGAGGAGAAUGGAAAGAGACCCGGUCCAGAAAUCAUUCAAAAGGCGGCUGAACUCAAUCUUCAUGCGAUGAGGCUGGGUCCAGGGAAACAUCUCAAAGGACGAGUUUUAGCCAAGGCUGCGGUGACACCCGAAGAAUUUGACUACUUCCAUGAGCUCAUUAUCACACAGGAACUUGUACGCAUCGGCACACGAGGCUAUGGCGAUGGCUUCCAAGGUGGAAUGGUUAUUGGUCUUCCACCUGUCAUCAAUUUUGGAAGUCCUGAGCUUAAGGCGAAAGUCGUACCCGAUGUAUUAGCGGGGAAGAAGUUCAUUUCGUUGGCUAUUUCAGAGGCAUUUGCGGGGAGUGAUGUCGCGGGGUUAAAAUGCACGGCCAACAAAAGUGAGGAUGGGAAGUAUUUCACUAUCAAUGGGACGAAGAAAUGGAUUACGAACGGGACGUUCAGCGAUUACUUUACCGUAGCAUGUAACACCGGACAAGGUCUAACCGUCUUUCUCGUUGAGCGCCAAGAAGGCGUGGAGACCAAACCUAUCAAGACGUCGUAUUCCUCGGCAGCUGGAACGGCAUACAUUACGUUUGAUAAUGUCAAAGUACCUGCGGAGAAUAUGUUGGGCCCCGAGAAUGGGGGUCUGCUUGUUGUGCUCAGCAAUUUUAAUCAUGAGAGGUGGGUGAUGUGCGGGAGCAGUGCGAGGAGUCAGAGAUCUAUUGUUGAGGAAUGCUUGAAGUGGUGCCAUCAGCGACAAGUGUUUGGGAAGCCGUUGUUGAAUCAGCCUGUCAUACGUCACAAGUUGGCAGCUAUGAUCGCUCGAGUUGAGUCCGUUCAGAAUUGGCUCGAGAACGUCACCUACCAAAUGUGUCAUAUGAACUACAAACAACAAUCGAAUUUUCUCGCGGGUCAGAUCGCCUUCUUAAAGAUGUAUUGCACUCAAACGGCUCAACAGACGGCUCAGGAUGCUACCCAGAUAUUCGGUGGGAGAGGGAUCACACAGACGGGCAUGGGAAGGAAAGUUGAGCAUUACCACCGGACUGUCGGAUUUGAUGCGUUGCUUGGUGGGGCGGAGGACGUGUUGGGUGAUUUGGGAGUGAGGCAGGCUGUGAGGAAGAUUCCGAAGAACACAAGGCUGUAAUUUUGGACAACUCACAAAGUAACAUUCGGUGUAUAAUAGCGUGGUUGUAAUUCGUAUAUAGUUUUAUCGUUUAAUUUGCUGCUCGAAUUCUCAUCAUGCAUUACUCGAU